CAAAUCGCGUCUCUAUGGCGGCUUCGAGCGCAGAGCGACAUGAACGCGGAUGCUGAGGGCCACAGCGGUGCUGUGGUCCCCGCGCAAUCUCCAGAGGGCAGUUCCGCGGCGGAUGACUUCGUCCCGUCCGCGCUGGGGACACGAGAGCAUUGGGAUGCUGUUUAUGAGAGAGAACUGAGAACAUUCCAAGAAUAUGGGGAUACAGGAGAAAUCUGGUUUGGGGAAGAGAGUAUGAACCGACUAAUACGGUGGAUGCAGAAACACAAGAUCCCAUUGGAUGCCUCAGUGCUUGAUAUUGGAACUGGAAAUGGUGUUUUCCUGGUUGAACUUGUGAAACAUGGUUUCUCUAAUAUAACUGGGAUUGAUUAUUCUCCUUCUGCAAUUAAGCUUUCUGCAAGUAUUUUAGAGAAAGAAGGGCUAUCUAACAUUAACUUGAAGGUAGAAGACUUUUUGAAUCCCUCUACAAAGCUUUCUGGAUUUCAUGUUUGUGUUGACAAAGGGACUUACGAUGCCAUAAGUCUUAAUCCUGACAAUGCAAUUGAGAAGAGGAAGCAGUAUGUGAUGUCUCUCUCCAGGGUGUUGGAAGUAAAAGGCUUUUUUCUAAUAACCUCAUGUAAUUGGACCAAGGCAGAGUUGCUAGAUGCAUUCAGUGAAGGAUUUGAACUUUUUGAAGAGCUGCCAACACCCAAGUUCAGCUUUGGAGGUAGAUCUGGAAACACUGUAGCAGCUUUGGUUUUUCAAAAAAGGGGGACUUCCUUGGACAAAAUCAGUUAGCUUUCUAGAAGAAACUGCAAAGUCAACCUGAUACAGAAGAAGGAAGUGCAAAUAGUGCUUAGUAAGUACCCAGGCUUAGUAAGUGCAAAUAGUACUUAGUAAGUACCCAGGCUACACAGACUGAAUAGGAAUAAUGGGUUGAUGGGAAGCCACACGCAUGGGAAUCAGUACUUAGAUAUCAACUAAGAAUAAUUUAAGAUUUUCUUUUGUAUUUAAAAUAUAAAUUUUUUAUUGUGAUUUAUGACAGUUUUCUGUAGCUGUUAAUCAGUUGAGAACUUCAAAGCAGUAAAUGAAUUUAUAGAAA